AAAGUCAACACAUCUAAGGAUGCACUAUGGACCACUCAUCAGCCUGGGACGAGUAAAUUACGGAUGUACCCUCAACAUUGCUAUCUUCUUCCAAUUUCAUCCCUUCUUACCUCACACUCAGAGGUCAGAGCCUCGCCGUCGCCGUCGCCGCCUGCAAGCGCUUUUUCUUCUUUCCUUUCCUUUCCUUCAAAAUUACAAAUUCAUAAUUAUAUAUACGUGUAUAUGUAUUGGCGCUUCAUCUAGAUUACGACGACUCUCGCUCUCGAAAUCUCUAAUUAGGAAGUAAAACUACCAGAAUCAGAGCCUGAGGAGAUUCAGAGCAAGAGGAAUGACGAGAUUCUCUGUGUCUGGAGAUGAAGAAGAAGAAAAUGGGGGCAAACGCGUAGCCUUUCCCAGUAGUAGUUCAAGACUGAAACGACACCGUUCUGUGCAAAGCGAAUGCUCCUAUUCCUCCAGCGAAGAUGAGCACCCUUUUGGUUAUGACCUUCCUUUUGAACCACUUCGAGAACCACAAAUAGAAGACAUAAAUGUAGCAAGAGGUGAAGAAGAAAGAGAAGACAUUAACGUAACAGGAGGUGAAGAAGAAAUAGAAGAAGAAGAAGAAGAGCAAGAAGAAGAAGAAGAAGUAGAAGAAGAAGAAGAAGAACAAGAGGAAGAACAAGAAGAAGAACAAGAACGUGAACAAGAAGAAAGCAAUGUUUCCGAGCAUGAUUUUUCAUUACUGGGUCGAUCUCCUUUUUCAUUACUGGGUCGAUCUCCGACUCCUACAGAUGGUUCUGUUUCAAUCACCAGGGACAAAUCGAUUCCCGUUGUUUUGACCGAUCCAGAUGUUCUUGAUUGCUCUAUAUGCUUUGAGCCCUUGACCAUUCCCGUUUUCCAGUGUGAGAAUGGGCAUACAGCUUGCUCUACCUGUUGCACUAAAAUUAAUAAUAAAUGUCCUUCCUGCUCUUUUCCCAUCGGAUAUAACCGUUGCCGAGCAAUCGAGAAGGUUCUUGAAUCUGUUAAAAUAAGAUGCUCAAACGCUUCGUAUGGUUGUAAAGAAACAGUGAGUUACAACAAGAAGAAAGAGCACGAAACGAGUUGCACUUACUCUCCAUGCCAUUGCCCUAUUCGUAGCUGCGACUUCAUCUCUUCAUCCACAGAGUUAUACCACCACUUCAGAAGUCAACACUCAAUCUCUACUGGCGUUCGUUCAUUCGACUACAACUUGACUUUUUCUGUCACCUUGUUAAAUUGUGUUGAUUUCGUUGUUCUUCAAGAACGAAAGGACAAUGUCAUAUUUAUCCUUAACUCGACUUUCAAAACUUUCGGGUACAUGGUCUGGAUUAGUUGUAUAUGGCCUUGCCCAUUUAAGGGCUUCUGGUACGAAAUUCUGGCCAAAACCGAUGAAACCACUCUUCGAUUAGAGUCUUUCACGAGCUGCAAUCAGCAACGGGUUGUUACUACCGGUCCAUCGUCGGGUUACCUACUUAUUCCCAUGAAUCUUUUUGGUUGUAGAGGCCAACUUGAAUUGGCUAUAUGCAUUCAUUCACUUCCUGUUGCUGCUGUUUAAAACUUGUUUAUUGUAUUGUUACUGUAUGUACAUACAGAAUCCUUAAUCUAUUUAUUAUAAUUAGUUUCAGAAUCAUUGUCAUACAACUCAGUUUUAUUUGCUGCAUGACUGGAGGGGUUUUUCACGUUUGUAUAUUAAAUUGCUCGAUGUGGCACUUUAUGAGUGGUUUGCACUCUUUUGGUUUUUAUUUUCUUCAGUGUAAAAUAAAAUGUAUGUGAAACGGGAUAAUUAGAAUUACUUGUUUUUGUUUGUUU